AUGUCUUCGUCGUUUACUCGUGUCGUGCGCCCUGCGCUUCAGGGUGGUCGAGGUCUUACACAGCGCAUUGCCACACGAGCCACCGCUCCCCGGACAUUGACGAGAAUAAACCUCACUGCUCGCCCUCUAUCUACAACAUCCAUCCGCCGCAAUGAUCAAAUCGACAUUUCCGAGAUCCCUCCUACACCCAUCACUCACCUCUCUGAGAUCGAGGCCGCCAUGGCCGACACCGUCUCCAAGUUCUCUACAGAUGUGAUUCUUCCUCGUGCGCGUGACAUGGACGAGGCCGAGGAGAUGGACCCCGCUGUUGUUGAGCAGCUGUUCGAGCAGGGUCUCAUGGGUAUUGAGAUCCCCGAGGAGUACGGAGGUGCCGGCAUGAACUUCACUUCCGCCAUUAUCGCCAUUGAGGAGCUUGCCCGUGCAGACCCCUCCGUUUCCGUUCUGGUUGAUGUGCACAACACUCUCUGCAACACAGCUAUUAUCAAGUACGCCUCCACUGCGAUUAAGAAGAAGUGGCUUCCUCGCCUUGCGACAAACACCGUCGCCUCUUUCUGUCUCUCCGAGCCUGUCUCUGGUUCUGAUGCUUUUGCCAUGGCCACAAGAGCCACUGAGACCGCCGACGGCUUCAAGAUCUCGGGUAGCAAGAUGUGGAUCACAAACUCCAAGGAGGCCGAGUUCUUCAUUGUCUUCGCCAACCUCGACCCUAGCAAGGGCUACAAGGGAAUCACCGCCUUCAUUGUCGAGAAGGGCACCAAGGGUUUCUCUAUCGCCAAGAAGGAGAAGAAGCUCGGCAUCCGCGCCUCAAGCACAUGUGUCAUCAACUUCGACGAUGUUGUGAUCCCCAAGGAGAACCUCCUCGGUGAGCGUGGCCACGGUUACAAGUACGCCAUUGCCCUUCUCAACGAGGGACGAAUUGGUAUCGCUGCUCAGAUGACCGGUCUGGCUCUCGGUGCUUUCGAGAACGCUGCUCGCUACGUCUGGAACGACCGCAAGCAGUUCGGCUCUCUCGUUGGUGAGUUCCAGGGUAUGCAGCACCAGCUCGCCCAGGCCUACACCGAGAUCACUGCCGCUCGCGCCCUCGUCUACACUGCUGCUCGCAAGAAGGAGGCUGGUGAGGACUUUGUCAGGGAUGCAGCCAUGGCCAAGCUCUACGCUUCUCAGGUCGCUGGCCGUGUCAGUAGUUCCGCCAUUGAGUGGAUGGGUGGCAUGGGCUUUGUCCGUGAAGGUCUUGCUGAGAAGUACUUCCGUGACAGCAAGAUCGGUGCCAUUUAUGAGGGUACCAGCAACAUCCAACUCAACACUAUUGCCAAGCUUCUACAGAAGGAGUACACAUCGUAG